UCAAACAUCUUCAAAAAAAAAAAAAAAAAAAAAAAAUCAAAUGGAGGGUCAUGUAGAGCACAAAACAGUGUCGGUGAAUGGUUUAAACAUGCAUUAUGCUGAAAUAGGGCAAGGCCCUUUAAUCCUCUUCAUUCAUGGCUUCCCAGAAUUCUGGUACUCAUGGAGGCACCAAAUGUCAUUCAUGGCUAAACACGGUUACCGUGCGGUGGCACCGGAUUUACGCGGCUACGGUGACACCACCGGAGCACCUAAAGAUGAUCCUAGCAACUUCACAACCCUUAAUAUUGUUGGUGACUUAGUAGAGCUGUUGAAUAAUAUUGCACCACAAGAAGAGAACGUGUUUGUCGUGGGACAUGAUUGGGGUGCUCUUAUUUCUUGGGCUAUGUGUUUGUAUAGACCUGAUAAGGUUAAGGCUUUUGUGUGUUUGAGUGUGGCUUUCAAUCCUAGAAACCCUAUCAAGAAGCCACUUGAGACUUUGCGUGCCGUUUAUGGAGAUGAUUACUAUGUUGUUAGAUUCCAGGAGCCUGGAGUAAUAGAAGGUGAGUUUGAGGAAAUGGGAGUCAAGAAUGUUCUAAAGAAUUUCCUAACAUAUAGAACACCAGGUCCACUUUACUUGAAGAAAGGCAAACUAUUUGGAGAUACUUCUACUACGGAGUUGCCUUGUUGGUUAUCUGAGGAAGAACUUGAUUUCUAUGUUACCAAAUAUGAACAAACUGGCUUCACCGGAGCAUUAAACUUAUAUCGAGCAAUUGACCGGAAUUGGGAGCUUACAGCAGCAUGGACAGGGGCUAAAAUCCAAGUACCAGUGAAGUUUAUUGUGGGUGACCUUGACCUUACUUAUAAUGCUCCAGGCGCCAAGGAUUUCUUACACAAGGGAGGCUUCAAGAAACAAGUCCCACUCUUGGACCAAGUUGUGGUUUUACAAGGUGUUGGACAUUUCAUCCACCAAGAAAAGCCUAAAGAAAUUAAUGACCAUAUUUACAACUUCAUUCGCAAGAUUUCCUCAAAUCAGUCCAACAUCUGUGCUGUUCUGUAGAGAUCAGUAUCUCUCUUGUCUUUUCCCCUUUUCUUCUCUAUUCAUUGGGGUUGCAUGAUUUGUGUUUCUUUGCUACUCUAGGUUUUUCUGAUGUGCAGAAAUAAUCGUGAUUAAUUAACUAGUGAGCUUUGUUUUGU